AUGGGCGGCGCUGCGGGCGCGCGAGUUCCCUCUGCGCCCCAAACGACGCGGGCCGCGGUUUUGUUCCCCCGCUGGGCCCCGGCGCCCCGCCGCUCGUCGGGCGGCGCCUGGCGUGGGCUGGCCGGGGCAGGCGCACUCCCCCGCGGGCGUCACUUCGCCCCUGCGAGCGGGGCUUUUUGUGCCGCGGCGGCGCCUGUUCAUGUUGCCUCCCCCUCCCUCUUGUCUUCAAGCCUGAGAAAACCAAAGCAAAGGAGCCACGGAGGCAGCUUCGCCAUGCGAAAAGUCUACGUUGCCGGCCCCGCGGUGUUUAACGCCGACAUGGGGGCCGCGUACUACGACCGUGUGCGCGGGCUUCUGCAGACGCACGGCGUCACGCCACUCAUCCCCGUGGACAACGUGGCCACGGGGGCCGCCGAGAUACGGGCGCAAAACAUGGAGAUGAUACGGCAGUGCGACGCCGUCAUUGCAGACCUGUCGCCGUUUCGCUCGCACGAGCCGGACUGCGGGACUGCGUUUGAGGUGGGCUACGCCGCUGCCCUGGGAAAGACGGUGCUGGCCUUCACCUCCGACCGGCGCUCAAUGAGGGAGAAGUACGGCGGUGCGUGUGACGCGGCCGGGAGGACUGUGGAGGACUUUGGCCUUCCCUUCAACCUGAUGCUCUGCGACGGGACGGAGGUGUUCGACUCCUUCGAAGCCGCCUUCCAGCACUUCGUGAGGCACUGCGCAAAAUAG